AUGAACAACACUGCGGUUCAACGAGAAGGGCUUUGCUCUCAAAUGGCAUCAACGCUGUUUACAGUACUUUUAUCCAUCAUCAGCUUGGGAGCUUUAAUUGGUAACAGUCUUGUAACUAUUACCUUUUACAAAACACGAAGCUUAAGAACAAGCACUAACUACUACCUUGUCAACAUGGCGGUGUCCGACCUUUUUUGCGCAUGCUUCAACUGGCCGCUGUACGCAACUGAAGGAAUGCUGACCGGGUCAGAGUUUAUCACUGAGCCUUUCGCGUCAGUCGUUUGUAAACUAGGAUUGUACUUCAGAGGAAUAUCACAAAUUGUGUCUGUCUUGAGCUUGGUUCUAAUUUCUGUGGACAGAUACGCCGCUAUUGCUCUCCCUCUGAAGACUACGAUGCUGUGCAGGAGAAAAGUCCGCCUAAUUUUGCUGUUUUCUUCUUGGAUUUUACCAGUUGUUUGUGGUCUUCCUUACUUAUUCUACACAAGGGUUGUUAAACUGAACGGACCAGUAUUUUGCCGAACUGUUUGGAGCAAAUCACUGAACGCAAUCUACAUCGGCGUUGGGUUUGUUAUUUUCUACUGUGGUCCACUCCUUACAAUAAUCAUAUUUUACACUCUGACAAUAAAGAUAUUACGGAAACGUCCAGUCGCUUUAGAAGAAAAUUUGCCAAGUAAAAUUUAUGACAAAAGGAAGAAACAGAACGAGAAGGUCAUAAAAUUCGUGAUCAUAAUCGUUGCGGGCUUUUUUAUUUGUUGGACUCCCCUCAUUGUUUAUCUGGCUUUGAAGAUGUUUCAUCCUGAGCUCUUCCCGAAAGAUGUUUGUCUGAUAUUUGUUGGCGCUCUCUUCUAUGUUCUUCCAUCUUUGAGCACCGCCAUAAACCCUGUCAUCCUUCUCCUGCUUAGUUCAAACUACCGUAGGGCACUGAACGACUUAAUUCUUUGCAAAGUCUUGAAAGGCCGUCUGUCAUAUUUGUCAAGAAGGAGGACGCGCUCAUCGAAGAACAAUACCAUUUUCUAUGAAUCGAGACUGUAGAACUACGAUGUUAAGAAAAUCCAAAAUCAGAAAAGAAAGGGAGUAACACAUAGAGACAGACUCUUGACAAAUCCUCGUGUUUGUGGCUUCGGUCUGAGUACUAUAAAAUUUGUAUUUAAUUAAUUUACGUGUUCUUAUGCAAAUACACAUAUGGUCAAAUAUAUAUCCAAAUUGCUCUCCGUCAUUGCUAUAUUCGCCAUUUUUUUACCAGUCUGAAGUAAUUCAAAUCCCAAAUCCCAGUUCUUAAUGUAAUAGGAAAAAAGAUGGUUUUAGCUCUCGUAAGCCACCAAUAUCGGGAACUCAAAAAAGUGAUAUUAACUAUAGCAGAUAGCUUACGAUAGCGCUCUUAGACAUAAGCCCCACGCUAUGAACGAUAGAGUGUGAUCUGUUACGAGAGCUUUACUCUGAAUAGCUUAAAACUUGCGAACUAUAACUAGCUAUUAAUAAUCCAAUAUUUUUGCCUGUUUCAGGUUCACAAACGUGCAGUAAGCUCAGUAAUCCACAGGGAUCGAAAAAUACCCAGAAUCACGUAACAGACAACUACUGUGUUUCAUAAAUGAAAACAACUUCCUAAUCAGUUUAAACAACACGAAACUCGUCACAUUUUUUGGACGGUUUUCAAUACCUGUUAGUUUUUUCCUCACUUAUUCGUUGUCAUGAUUCUUGUUUGUUUAGUGUUACCUACUUCCAUUGUCUCCUUCCUUCUCUUGUUUCUCGUUACCUCGUUUUUCGUUUGAAAUCUUCCUGGCGAAGCAAGAAGUUCUACCUAACCCCCCUCGUUUCAUUUAAUGUUACGAUUCCCGUGGCACAAGAAAAAAAAACAUCGGCCAUCAAAUAAUAGUAUAUGAAUUUCAGGUAUAAAAAUGGUGGAUAGCAAACAACUAUUUCACAUGUAAAGACUUCCUGUUAGACUCAGUUCUAGGAACGAUAGUGAAAACCAGAUGUCCUUUAAAAGCAUUUUCGCCUGCAAUUUUAGCUCUAAUGACGAUAUGCGAAGUUGUGCGUGAUCAAAAUAUGAUGUUGUCGUAUGAGUAAGCAUGGAAAAUGUUAAUGGCCAAUUAAGAAAAUUAAAAUUGACAUACAGUAAAAUUGCGCUUGCUACUGUUGUUGGUUCAGCUUUUGGAAGAGCAGAGGCAAUUUUCUUUUCAUUUUUUUACAUUCAAUUUCUUAAUACGCGUUUGUUCAAAGCUUUGAAAACUCUCUUAAGGUGACAGGUAUGGUGAGUUUACUUUCGACCCCUUUUAAUUUCCUUUUAUUCAGUUCAAAUGACCUAUUAUUUGUUAAAGAAUGAAAACCUUUUCCUAUUAUUCUCACAACUAAAGCGAAAAGCGAAAGCAAUCGUAAAGCAAUUAUGAAAAGAGACUCCUCACAACUAGAAAAAAAACCAAUCAGUUAAAUAAAUGUAUUCCCUUGAUGAUUGAUAGCUGAGAAGAAAGUAAGGAAAUAUACUAAUUUUUAUGACACUGUUAAAAAAGGAAAAUGUUAUAUGAUAAUAGAAAGACAAAUAUCGCUGGUGUAAGAUAUAAAUACAUCGGGGAAACGUGAUUUACAAAAGGAUGUUGAGUCACUUCGCGUCGAAAUCUCCCGGCUAAGAUAACAGACGACUGUGAUGAGGUGGGUGCCUUUAGUUUUGUAUUAUCUUUAGAGGAUAUGUCAUGAAAACGAGGGUUAAAAUUAAUAAGAAGCGUUAUUUAGUUGCUAAAUGAACUACGAAAAAGGGCGACAUCGUUAUUUUAGACUUUGGUUCAUCUAAAGUUGGUUGUAUACUUGAUCGUACUGCUUCUUGAUUCACGUAACGCAAUCGGUUUUCAGUAGGUGACCUCUGAAACUUGGCUAUUUGUAAGAUCGGACAGUCUUGACUUUAGUUAGUUCGAUCGUCACCUCAACAGUCAUUCGGUUGCACUUUGUUUGAGAAGAUUGUCGCACUUUGUAACUCUUAACUUACUUGGUGUAAGUUUGAAGUGUGACAUCUUUUUUCUCCUUAAUGAUACAAUGGCAUAGAAAAACGGUAGAUGUUAGCUGGCGAGGUUCUGUCGCACUUUGAAAUGAUCGUUUACCGAGCUCAAAACUUGCCAUCUCUCUUAUUCUAUCUAAAGACUUGUUGUUUCUUCCUUUUGUAAUUCAUUCAUUUGUACGUUUUCUUUGUUGUUCCCACAGUUUAGCAUCGUCACAAUUCUUUGCGAAACGUGUAGCAAUGAAUAUUUCCAGUUUUUCAACGCCUACUUCGAGUCACCCCAGUCCAAGCCAGCCCUGUUCUAACGUGGUGUCCACGCUAUUUACAGUUAUUAUAUCCAUGGUCACCUUCGUGGCUCUGAUUGGCAACGUUCUCAUCAUUGCAAGUUUUUUCAAAACUCCCAACCUGAGGACGAGGACUAAUUAUUACAUAAUCAACAUGGCCAUGUCUGACCUCAUUUGUACAUGUUUCAGCUGGCCACUUUAUGCAGUUGAAGGAAUGCUGACAAGAGCUGAGUUCUUCAACCAACACUCUGCCUUAAUACUCUGUAAACUGGGAAUUUGCUUCAGGGUAAUUUCACAAAUAGUGUCCGUGUUAUGCUUGGUUCUAACAUCCGUCGACAGAUAUGCGGCUAUCGUUCACCCAGUAAAGAUAACGGUAAUGAGUAAUGGCAAAUUUCGAGUUAUUUUACUGUUGUUUUCUUGGAUCAUUCCUGUUUGCUUUGCUUACCCAUAUUACACGUUCGCUGAAAUUGUGAAGGUAAAUAACCAAACAUUCUGUAGAGUAGUUUGGAGUACAUCAGCACACACAAUUUUUAAUGCUGUUGGAUUUGUUAUAUUUUAUUACAUGCCUCUUGCUGGUAUAACCAUUCUCUAUACUCGCAUCACAAAGACACUUAAAAAUCGUCCAAAUAUAGGAAACUCAGUCCAAGAAAAGCAUAUCAGAAGAAGACGAGAUCAACAUCGGAAAUUAAUGAAAAUCUUAACAUCAAUUGUUGCCGGCUUCUUUACUUGUUGGACACCACUUUGCAUUUAUUUGGCAUUAAAAAUGUUUCAUUCAGGGUUGUUUCUUCAAGAUAAAUGCUUCUUGCUCCUAGGUUUGUUUUUCUACGUCUUUCCGUCAUUCAGCACAGCAAUCAAUCCUAUUAUCCUUUUCCAGUUUAGUUCAAAAUUUCGACAGGCGAUGAAAAGCUUUCGUAUUCCUUUUCUUGAUUUCAAUAAAUGUCGCCGGUUUCUGUGCAUACCCAAGAAUAGGGUUGGAUCAGUUGAAAUAGAUCAUGUUGGUAUGGCAGAGUUAAGCUAGAUGUCUCUCAUAUUUGACGGAUUUGGAAAAACACUGAUAAUAAAUAACUGGUCAUAGCAGAAAAAGCCACGAGAUUGCAACAAUUCAGCAACAAAAAGCUGUAGUUCAAAAAAAAGAAUGGAAACUUCUCAAUCUUACAAAGAUUGCAAAACAUUGCGCAAUGAAAUAAAAUGUAUAAAAAGUAGACUUCAAUUUGGCGUGUUAUUAUUGUUAAUUACAACCAUGAUACAGUGAAUAAUGAUCAGUCUUAAAGUUAAUAACUUAGUUUUCCAGUAUCAGCCGGGAAAUCUCACGAAAUAAGAAGUGGUCGGCCUGAAUCCGAUAAUGCUUGUAAAACAUUUAAUGUCAAAAUCAUGUCUCUUUAUGUUAGGGAUAUACUUUUGUAUUUAGAAUUGUUAAGAUGUCAAAUAAAUAAAAUGAAUUACGUUUACGUAUUCCAUCUCAAUUCUAACUUAAUCACUCCUGCCUAAAAGGAAAAGGUACUGGGUAGAACGUAAACAGGAAACCCGUUUUCAAAAAAGUAUUUUUGCAUAGACAUUUGCAAAACCUCUUUCCCAUCAGGCAACAAUAUCCUAAUCACAUUUUAUAACAGAUGUCAAAUGAAGUGAUCAAUAAGUUUGGUCAGAGAUAACGAGGUAAUGACAUGUAUUCUUGUGUUCUCUUGAGGAAAGAAAUCGUAAGAAAAGAACCACAGAAAAUGAAAAGUAGCAUCUUUCAUUGUCUCAACAUCAAGGUGCCUCUGAACCUUCUAUAUAUACGCCCGCAGUGGUAAAACGUUUUGAAGGAAAAAUGAAUCUUAAAUGAAUGAAUGAAUGAAUAGCCUGAAGGUCACACUUCACUGAUGAAAGUGAAGCAAGCGCAAUGAAGGGCAGUUGGCAAAUACAGUCAAAAUCAAGUAUUUUUUCCAAGCUUAUGAUGUGAUACCUGUGAGCUCAGUACAGCUGAGAGCGUUUAGUUGUUGUGACUUAGACGUGACUGAGUAACCUAACCAAAAUGUUUCCUUUCCACAGAGCAGCCGUUAAUGCUCACUUGAUGUCAUUUUUUCUCCCACAACACUGUAACAUGUACAACUUAGGGCAGUUAUCUUAUUUAUUUCCACUUUUUUCUGAUCCAAAUGAGUUAAGAUUCGUUUGCGAAAAACAAAGUCCUUCAAAUAUAUACCUAAUGUAAUAUAAAGUAAAAGUAAAUUUUACUUUGUAGCAUGAGGAUAUUAGACCUGUUAUGGUUUUAAAUGACAGAGCUAAAAAUUAUUCAUAAUGCGGACUCCCUGUCAAUUUGUUUGUUCUUAAUCGUGCACACAUUCAUACAUCCAAUAACAUGACGAGAAUUGGCUGACAAUUUUAUUUAUAUUUCGAACCAUAUACAGAGGUGUCAAUAUUCUCGUUCUUUUGCGCCUCAAGUUUUGCGGAUUGAUAUCAAUACAUCAUUCAGUUAAGCUGUAAGUAAGCGGUAAGUCACAAUUUGUACGAACUUGACAUGAGAGAGCAUCAAUUUGGGAGAUAUUUUUUCUUUGAAUCAGAGAUUUCUUCUCGACAUUGCCUUUUUCCUAUAUAUUUAAUUUAUAUAUCAGUUAACAACUCUGUUUUCCUUUUCUGAAUUCAAUUAAAUGCCAAUUUUUGGUUACUCAUAAGUUUCAUGUUUGUCCUUGUUGACACACCAUAGUGAAAUAUCGAUUCUUAGAAAAUUGUCCGCUGAAAAUAUGAGCAGGUGCAUUAGGUGUAGGACUGAAAAUUUAGUAUUUCCUCUCAGCCUAAAAAAAAGUUCCAGCUUAAAAAGAGUUUCAGUUAAAUAACAUUUCAUUUUUUAUCUUUUUGUACAAAGGCAGUCCUACAGGAAAAAUGAAAACAUGGAUAAAGCCAUUCUUUAGGGUGUUAGAGACGCAAACGUGACUUAAGAAUCUAACGUAAUUAAUGCAAUAACUGUUUGUUAGGGUUCUUUUGAUCACGAAAUAUCUCAGUGUUAUAACUGAGGUAAGAUUUCUUUACAUUUUCUGUAGCCUUAUCCCGUGUGUAAAAUCAAUACGUAACAGGAUGUUGAUCCUUGGAAUGUUAUCAUUUUUAAGCGAAUAGAAAAAAAAUCGAAGAACUUAUUAUCUCCAUUAUGUUUGCGACAAAUUUAAUUUGCAAAGGUGAGAACGCGAACGUGACCUGACAAUCUAACCCUAAUUAAUGCAAUAUUGCUACUGUGCCAACUGUUCGUUAGGGUUCUUUUGUUCACGAAAUAUCUCGGCGUUAUAACUGAGGUAAGAUUUCUUCACACCUUUUGUAGCCUUAUCCCGUGUGUAAAAUCAAUACGUAACAGAAGUUGAUCCUUGGAAUGUUAUCAUUUUUAAGCGAAUAGAAAAAAAAAAUCGAAGAACUUAUUAUCUCCAUUAUGUUUGCGACAAAUUUAAUUUGCGUUAAAAUAUUGCACUCGUUCAAUGCCGGGUUCAUGUAGCCUGAACGUUUUGGAGUUUUAAUUGCAGUUGAAGCCAAAAUUAUAUCUAAAAAUAACAUCAAUAUUUCUUUCACGUUUCUUACAGUUUGCUAUGGUUCAAUGGCCCAAAACUAUUUGACAAUGUCGAUUUGCUCGUUAUCUCGCAAUGGGCAUUAAAACUCAUUCGCAAGUUUGUCGCAGUUCCCGUUCAAAUAUAAUGCGCAAUUUACUGUGGAUAUUUGCCAUAAAUAAUCCCCAAACAUUACAUGCGGAUAUGGUGACCAGAAUUAACGAACAUUUAUUUCGGCCUUUAUUAUUUUGUCCAUUUCUGAAGUCCGUGAAGUAAGUUUUCAAGAAUCGUUUGCCGCGAUGUAGUUUGCGAAGCAGAAAGUUAGCCGUUCUGCUCCACGGUGGAUGUCCUUCGUGAUAUCCUAGAAAUUUCCCGUAUGCAAAAACUGCGGAAAGAACUGGAAACACCACCAUUCUUGAUUCCUUUUAGAAGGAAUCAAGGUUACCUUCCGCAGGUUAAUCAUUUUGUUGAAAACCUCCUCAAACAGAAAUAUAUUUUCUUGCAGGUGUAGGCAUGGACUACUAUUUUAUUAUUCAUGUAAUGCUUAAUAUUGGGUUAAAAAUCCCAAUUUUAUCUCCUGAACUUUUGAUUUAUGACAUUUACAAAUAACAACGAGAGAACGUUUUUCUUCAAGCAGCUUAUUGAUAUCUCGGUUAUAUUUAAGCUUAUGAAUGCUUCUUAACUUUUCACUCAAGUGGGAAUUGUGAAACCAUCCAGCAGAGCGGUUUGCAACAAACAAACAAAACAUUUUCCUGAAGACUGA